AUGUCUGACGCCAACGGAAACCAGAAGAACGAGCUCAACAACGAGACUGGCAACGUCGACGCCAACUUUUCGGGCGGCACCGGCGUCUCGCGCUUUAUCACCCCAGGCGGCAACCCCAUGGACACUUCGCAGCCAGCGUUCCCCGUCUUCCACCGCAAGUUUGCCAACCCCGCGCCUCUUGGUCUUCUUGCCUUUGGCGGCACCACUCUGGUCCUCUCGCUCUUCAACGCCCAGGCCCGCGAUGUCACGCACCCCAACGUCAUCCUCGGCCUCGCUCUCGGCUACGGUGGUUUCGCCCAGGUUAUCGCUGGUGUCGAGGAGUGGGCUUGCGGCAACACUUUCGGUGCCACCGCGUUCACCUCGUACGGCGCGUUCUGGCUCUCGUUCUCCGUCUUCUACAUUCCCCAGCUAGAGGUCAUGUCGGCCUACCCGACCCAGUACGAGCGUGACUCUGCUCUCGGCAUCUACCUGACCAUGUGGGGCAUCAUCACCUUCAUCUUCCUGCUCGGCACCCUUCGCUCGUCAGUCGCGCUCUUCCUCGUCUUCUUCUUCCUUGUCAUUACCUUCUUCGUCUUGGCUGCGGGCCACUUUACUGGCCACCUCACUACCACCAAGGCCGGUGGCGGUCUGGGUGUCGUCACCGCACUCUGCGCAUUCUACACCGCGCUCGCCGGUAUCCUCACCAAGGACACGUCCUACUUCCUCCUCCCCGUCGGCGACCUCUCCAAGUAA